UUAGCAAUUGAAGUCUGAUCACAAAGCAGAACAAGAACUCAAACAACCUUCAAGCUUUUCUUUCAAAACCCAAUCAUGUCGGACAAGUGUGGAACCUGCGACUGUGCUGACAAGACCCAGUGCGUGAAGAAGAGAACGAGCUACACCUUCGAUAUCGUCGAGACUCAAGAGAGCUACAAGGAGGCCAUGUUCAUGGACGUUGGUGCAGAAGAGAACAAUGGAGGUUGCAAGUGCAAGUGCGGCUCUACCUGCAGCUGCAUCAAUUGCACUUGCUGCCCCAAUUAAAAAAGCUCCUACAAUACUUUAAAAAAGGGUCCAUUUCUCUUUCCCUCCUUUUAAAAUCAAAAUGUAAUAUGAAUAAAAAAGUUUAUGCGAGCUCAUCUAGUAAGCUCAUGUGACUCUCUAGUAUGGUGUGAUGUAAUGGGUUGUGCCCUUUAUCCUCUAAUACAUCAUAUUAUCUAUUUUUAACA